AUGGGUGUAAAACGUUUAUGGAGUUUAUUAGAACCCGUAGCGAGACCCGUACAGCUUGAAUCUCUAAGCCAAAAAAGGCUUGCUAUUGAUAUCCUAUAUACUUUAUAUAUUUGGUUAUAUCAAUUUUUAAAAGCAAUACGCGACGAAGAAGGAAAUGCCUUAAAAAAUGCUCAUAUUUUAGCCCCGGAAUUGAAGCGACAAACUUUGGCAGAACGCCGAAAAAGACGCAUUGGAAAGACAAAUGAAUUACAAAAAAUAGCUGGAAAAAUUUUAUCAGUUCAGAUUCAGAAAAAACGUGCUGUUAAAAAUAUUGAAGAAUCAAAAUCAGAUAAAAGCCGAAACGAGACAAUAAUAGGUGAUGAUGUCGUUUAUUAUGAUGAAUUAAAGUUGAGUCCUACACAAUUACAUAAAAAGAGAAAAAAGGAUGAAUACUAUUUGCCGCCUAUUGAAGGGGGAAUCGAAUCCAUGAUUAAAGAUGAUGAUCCAAGAAUGGCAACUAAGGAAGAUCUUCGCAAUUAUAUAAAAAAAUACAAGGCAAUUCCAGAAGAUAUCAACACCGAUUCUGAAUAUUUUAAAUCUCUUCCGUUGGAAACUCAAUAUGAGAUAAUUAGUGAACUUAGACAAAGAAGUCGGUUAACUUCAACGGAUAGAUUCCAAGAAUUAGUCAACAGCGCUCCCAUAUCCUAA